ACCGCUGUCCAUCAUUCAUCGUCAGACCUCUUGCGUCUUUGCUGUAAUCUUCAUAAAGUUCCCAAACCGUUCAAAACUUCUCCACACCAUCUUCUUCUUCUUUCCAAACCGUAGCCAUGUCUAUCAGCAUCACAGACUACGAGUUGGGCUACGACACGCACAGCAUCUACAGAGUAGAUUUCUUCGACGACUACAUCGACACCCUAGUCACGCACACUCCAUCCAAGGUCAAGUACUGGAUCAACAAAACCCGAUACCUACACCGUUACCGCCUUCACAAACUCAUCGUUGGACUCGAUGUUGAGUGGCGUCCCAGUUUCACUCGCGGUGUGAACAACCCGGUCGCAACCCUACAAUUGUGUGUUGGGCACCGCUGCCUCAUAUUUCAGUUGCUUCAUACCCCGGGAAUCCCCAGGUGUCUUUUCAACUUUCUGGCGGAUCCAGACUUUACCUUCGUCGGGGUUGGGAUCAAGGACGAUGUUCGAAAGCUUUGCCUUGAGCAUGGCCUUGCGGUAGCAAAGUAUGUCGAUCUUAGGGAAUUGGAGGCGAGAAGGUAUGGCUUGAGUGUGCAGCGGAGAAUAGGGCUAAAGGACAUGGCAGCAGAUGUUCUAGGGCAGGAUUUUCAAAAGCCAAAGACUAUUACAAUGAGUCACUGGGAUAAGCCGUCCCUUUCACUUGAGCAAAUCAAGUAUGCUUGCAUCGAUGCUUUUGUUUCUUUCGAAAUUGGGAGGGCUUUGGGCGCAGCGAAUUAAGGCUGUUGGAUUAUGUUCAAGGUUUUUUUUCCUUUUUUUUUCUUGUUAUGGAUGAACAAUUACCAAUAAGCUUAAUGCAUAUGUUAUGCGUGUUUAAUUUAAAUUUGUAUGUCCUUUUGAA